CACUAUUAUUUCGGGAUAGGUCUUUCGGCCUUCUGGUAACACUAGACACUUUACUCGGAACUUUUAGAAAAGCAGCUAGUCGUAGUUGAGCGAAAUUAAACAAAUUAACACGAAACUCUCGGCAUUACCUGAAAUCCGCUGACACAGCAAAAAAACAAAAAAAAAGCGACGAAAGCAGCGCCAAGUCGGCAAAUCGCAGAGUACCUGGAAUAGUUCGUCCCCAAAAGAGGCUAAACCGAAAAGCAGGCAUGUCUGCGCCGGUCAUUGUCGAGGCCACGGUCAAGCAAACCGCCACGCUGAUCUUUAUGCAUGGCCUGGGUGAUACCGGCCAUGGAUGGAGUAGCGCCUUGGCCGCCAUUCGGCCACCUUUCAUGAAGGUCAUUUGCCCUACGGCACCCACACAGCCUGUUUCGUUAAAUGCUGGAUUCCGGAUGCCCUCGUGGUUUGAUCUGAAGACCCUGGACAUCGGCGGGCCUGAGGACGAACCGGGCAUUCAGUCGGCCCGCGACAAUGUGCACGGAAUGAUACAGAAAGAGAUUAGUGCUGGAAUUCCGGCCAAUCGGAUUGUCCUGGGUGGAUUCUCGCAGGGAGGAGCAUUGGCGCUGUACUCAGCCCUGACGUACGACCAACCGCUGGCCGGUGUGGUUGCCUUGUCCUGCUGGCUGCCGCUACACAAGCAGUUCCCCGGAGCCAAGGUGAACAGCGAGGAAGUACCGAUCUUCCAGGCGCACGGCGACUACGAUCCUGUGGUGCCCUACAAGUUUGGCCAGCUGAGCGCCAGCCUGCUCAAGUCGUUCAUGAAGAAUGUGACGUUCAAGACGUACAAUGGACUAUCGCACUCGUCUUCCGAUGACGAGAUGGAUGACGUCAAGAACUUCAUAACGCUCACUCUGCUCUUUUCGAUUACAGGACAUAAUCAGUAAAUGGACACAUUGGGAGAGCCAGAACAUGGCUAGAAAGGCGCAAUGCUGCCAGAUAUCAUAGUAGCAUAUCCAAUGCUAGUGUAGUGAAGGUUCCUUCCGCAAAUCAAAGCUCCUCACCCUAGUCAAGACGUCUCGGGCCAGAACGAGAAUUGUAUUUUAGUAAUUAUUUUGUACAUACACACGAUGAACUUGGUUACCAUGAAAGGCUGUCUGUCCUAUCACCUGGUGAAAUGACAAGAAUCUGAUUCGCCAUACCGAAUGGCCAAUAAAGUUAUUUGAUGCUCUCAACUGCAAGGCGAAAUUAAUCCGAAGAGGGGCCGUCAUGUCAGUUCAGCCCAAUUAGGUAAAUUCCAUUUUAAAGAUUAUAAAAGUAACUGACAUUUCCUAAAAUAUCCAGUGUUGCAUUACGAAGGAUUUAAUGUUAUCUUCUACUGUACGGUAUAUUUUUAAGCCUUGGUAUAUUUUGUUUUUUGAGCUUGCACCACCUUUAAAGCUUGUUAUUUGUAGCUUUCUUAUCGAUAAAUUAGGCGCGGUCUGGAAGGGAAUUUAAAUUGCUUUACAUGUAUUUUUACAAACUUUGACCCAUAUUACUAUUUAAGGUUGUUUUUAAAUUCCAUGCUGAUAUGUUUGCUAAAUCUUUAAUUUGCUGUUAAAUGUAAAUACAGAAAUGUUUAAAAAUAUACAUUUAAAAAUAUUAA